AUGGCUGCUGCUGCUGCUGCUCUCCAACUCAGACCCAAACACAGAACCCUCCACAACCCUUCUCUCAUCCACCUCUUCUCCACCUCGUCCACCCCUCCUCCUGACCCCACCACUGAUCAAUACCCAUCCUCCACUUCAUCCCAAUCCCAAUCCCAAUCCUCAUUUUCUUCCCAUUUCUCUGAUGUCAAAGCUAGUCUCAAACAACAACAAAGACCUAUUUCCCCAUUUUCUUCAAGGAACCCCACAAACCCAUCCAAACCUUCAAACCCUUUAAGCUCAUCUUUUUCUAGGCCUUCCAAAGCCGCUUCCCUUGAAGAAAUCUGCAAGAACCUAUCUGAGUUUCGCACCAGAUCCUCUGUGCCACCUUCCACCAUUCAACCCAACUCUACACACUCCUCUCAGAACAUCUCAUUUCAAGAGCUUUACAAACGGAAUGUGACUGCGAAGGCAGACGAGAAUGCUACCACAAAUACCACCGAAUCUGGCCUUCGAAAGUCGGUGGUGGUGGCAUUGGCCGCAAUCUUUCCUUUGAAGCGAUUCGAGAAAGCUUGA